AUGGAUGCACAGGCACUCGGCUGCUUGCACACUAUCAACCUCCCUAACCUACGCGUUUUCCACUGCUACGAGAGGGCCCCUUGGCCGCCCAACGCCUUUUCCAUAGCCCUCGACAGCCUGGCUUCGGUGGUCAAACAGACAAAGAACUCAUUGCGCACCCUCGCGAUCUCAAGUUCCAAGGUGACUGAUGAGAUGGUGGCUGUAGCUUGGUCUACGAUUGUCUCCUGCAAGUAUCUGGAACGUUUGCUUAUCCCCGCCUGGUCGCUCGCUGACCUUCUGAACAUACCCUUCACACCGAGCGAGGAGACGCCCGUCCCGUUCCCGGCGCUCAAGUCGAUGUCUGUCCAUGGUCAUUCCAACAAGAUUGACUUGAGGUGCCUGGCGGGGUACCUCAUUGAGCGCAGGAGCCUCUUCCGACAGCUACCUCCGCCCGUCAGGAUUGAAUUUGUGUUCCAGCGAUCUAGAUUCCCUGCAGCGGCCCAACUCUGGGGAGAGGAAUGGAGAGAACCGGUGAUUAGAGCUUUGUUUGAUGGUUUGGGCGUCGGGACGCGCAUAUCAUGUCUGAAAUGA